AGAACUGGAAGGAGUCAAGAAGGGGAAGAACAGAUGAGAGAGGCUUUGAGGAGGAAGAGGAGAGUGAAAGUGUGAGACUAUAUGCAAUGCGAGUGAAGCAUAUGCUAGCAAAUUCCCCAUCCUACCUCAUGACUGCCUCCAAUAGGGCAUUUAUUCUCAUUAAUGCACCAACUCCUCCAUCAGCUAUGCUUCUUUCAUGGCUUUCUAACUCUAGCAGCACUUCAGCUAUUAGGCCACCCUCGCUUUUUGUGACGCUAAGUCUCUCUCCCUUUACUGUGGUUGCUUCAUCUCCAUUUCCAUGGUUACAACUUGAGAGAAUGCCAAAGAAUACUCCUCCUGUUAUUCGAAAUGCAACACCUCAUGGAACUACUUCAGGUUUUGGUGAUAACAUGCUGGUAUCUGAGCUUGAUGAAUACUGAAAAGUGC